AUGCUUCGAAUAUUGAUAUUUUUUCUUUCAAACUUGAUAUCACAUAUAAAUGGAAACCAUUUCACAUUCGAUGCUGUUAGCCUAAUCACUAGUUCAGAUAACUGGCUCAAUGAGGAAAUUCCAUGUAUUGGCGAUCGUAUUCGUUUUGAUAAUUCAAUGCCUGUCGUUGCCUUCAUGGACCAUAAUGUUGACGUUGAAUCGAUUCAUUUACCAAACAAUGGACUUAUUGUUUUCACGGAUAACGGAGCUAAUUUCGGAGAUGAUGUUCAUUGGCAGUGUGCCAAGGAUAAUUUGGAAGAGCCGAAAGACGUGUUUUUCACUCGUGGAAACGGUCGUGACAUAUCGUUUUAUAAUCCAAAAAAUUGGAUUCCUGACCGGAAACUGUUUCUUCACAUGAAUCAAGUGCCGUCAGAAGUUGACGAUGUAACCGUUUCCUCAAUGUCAAGUGCUCAAAUUUAUCUGGACUUGCCGGUCAAAGUGAACACAUUUCGAUUCUACAAAAGAGAAGUUAGUUUAAUCUUUCAUUAUUGA